AUGGAAGAAUUAGGUAUCAAUCAGCAAGGAGAAAUUGCUGUUUCUCAGCCAGUAGCAUUAUCAUACGGAUCUUUGGUCUCGCAUUUGAAGAAUAAUAAUAGUACAGGUGUAAAUGGGGUGAAUUCAGAUGUUUACUUGAAGUUGAAGAAGUUUGAGAGGGAGUAUGAGUUAUUGACAUUACAAGAGGAAUAUAUUAAAGAUGAGCAGCGUCAUUUAAAGAGGGAAUUGUUACGAGCGCAGGAGGAAGUUAAGAGGAUUCAAUCAGUCCCUUUAGUUAUUGGACAAUUUUUAGAACCCAUUGAUGAAAGCACUGGUAUUGUAUCUAGCACAACUGGUAUGAGCUAUGUUGUUAGGAUUCUAUCUACACUAGAUCGUGAGCUUUUAAAACCUUCUACUUCUGUUGCUCUUCAUAGGCAUUCUAAUGCUUUGGUGGACAUAUUGCCUCCAGAUUCUGACUCCAGUAUAUCUAUCUUGGGCAAUAAUGAGAAGCCCGACGUGACCUAUGCGGACGUUGGUGGUUUGGAUAUGCAAAAGCAAGAAAUCAGGGAGGCCGUUGAGUUACCGUUAGUCCAGGCAGAUCUUUACCAACAGAUCGGUAUAGAUCCACCAAGGGGCGUUUUACUCUACGGCCCCCCAGGUACAGGUAAAACAAUGUUAGUGAAAGCUGUAGCCAACAGCACUAAUGCGGCAUUUAUCAGGGUUAAUGGCUCUGAGUUUGUACAUAAAUACUUGGGUGAAGGUCCUCGUAUGGUUCGUGAUGUGUUCCGUCUAGCCAGAGAAAAUGCACCAUCAAUUAUCUUUAUUGAUGAAGUCGAUUCGAUUGCCACGAAGCGUUUUGAUGCUCAAACUGGUUCUGAUCGUGAGGUUCAGCGUAUUCUAAUUGAAUUAUUGACACAAAUGGAUGGGUUCGAUCAAAGUACUAACGUGAAGGUUAUCAUGGCAACUAAUAGGCACGACACCCUAGACCCAGCUCUAUUGAGACCUGGCAGAUUAGAUAGAAAGAUCGAAUUUCCAUCGUUACGUGAUAGAAGGGAACGUCGUUUAAUAUUUGGAACCAUUGCUGCGAAAAUGUCGUUGGCGCCAGAAGUUGACUUAGAUUCUUUAAUUAUCAGAAAUGAUCCUCUAUCAGGUGCUUUGAUUGCGGCAAUUAUGCAAGAAGCUGGCCUACGUGCUGUGAGGAAAAACAGAUAUGUAAUACUUCAGCGUGAUUUGGAAGAAGCCUACGCUUCACAAGUUAAGACUGGAAGUGAUGUUGACAAGUUUGAUUUCUAUAAAUGA